AUGAGAACCUUCCUUCUGCCCUGCCAUGAUAACUGGAUGCUCCUGUCCCUGAUCAAAUCUGUUUGCUUUGCAGCAGGAAUGUCCUUCAGGCUAUAUGACACACAGCCUUACACACUCAUUCUGCCAAGAGUUUAUAAUUACACGAAACAGGAAGACAGGCAGGAAGUGGUAAAGUGUUUCAUCUACGUAAUCAAGGCGGUUUCAGAGGUUGGGUGGCCUUACAGUGGAGCAGCUGUCACACUGUCUUUUACCAUGACGAGAUCAGGUGCCUUCAAACUCAGCAUUGUCUUCUUUCUCGCCUUCAUCCUGUGUCUACCAGAGUUUUUUCCAGAAAUAUCACAAAUUGAGUUUCUCUGUGAGCUGUUUGACCCUUGCACUCCUGAAAAUGAUGCACAGGUGUGUACUCCGGCUGACCCUCCAUGUGAGACAGAAACGAUAAAUGCCAGCAUUCAAAACAUACAUGCUGAUGGCUGGUAUCUGUGUAAGACUGAAAUGGAUCUGCAGCUUCUCUACAACAAUACCUCACAGUCAGGAGAGCAUAUAAAGGUGGUACUGAAAAUGAAGGCAGGCAAUCUCUCUGGAUGGAACAUUGAUGUGUUUGCGUUUCUCAACAACACUGAUCUGUACACUGGACCCCAAAAUGACCAGAGACUCUUCUACUGCUACCUCCCACCAGACGACAGCAAAUGUCCAGAUCUGGACAUAUCUAUGCAUGAAAACACCAGCACUCCGACACAAGACACCUCGAUUUUAAAAACCAUUACUUCUGCAAACCCAGCCGCCUCGUCGCUCAAAACAACUACACUAUCUUUCCAAGCAACAGCUUCUACGAAUGAGCUGAGGUGCCAACCAGCCAGCAGCAGCAGUUUCCUCUUUUACUACCAGGAGCAAAAUGAAACAGCAAGAUCAGCUGCAUUUCCAGCGACGCAAACAAGAAGAGGACAAAAGUUCAGAGAGCAAAUAUGCGAGGAACAGAAAGAAGAUAUACAUGCAGAGAUACAUACAGACACUCACUGUAGAUCCUUGGGCCUGCACUAUACUGUAUUACAAUAUUGUAUUUUAUAUGUUUGA